AUGUCUUGGAUAUGGAACCCAGAUGGUGAUGCUCCAAAGCCACCAACAGAGGACAAUAUGACACAGGACCCAUCCGACCCUACCAGGAAGGUGACCAAGAAAGCUGCGAAUCAACCCUUCUUAGCUCAUAAGCAAUAUAAAGAGAAGCAAGAACAGGAGCACCUAGCAUGGCUUGAAAGAAAUCGCGAGCGUGAGGAGAAACUCGCCAGAGGAGAAGAAGUUGGUCCUGCGGAGGAGGAUCCUACUGCCGAGCAGGAAGUAGGGUUCCUCGGGCUGCUGAAGUUCAUUGUGUAUUUAAUUCUCAUUAUUGUCAUCGCGGGCAAGUUCUUCACUGGCAGCUUCCUGUGGGAAUACGAUGGAAAGUGGGCGCGGCUGAAGACAUAUUGGCCACAAAAUGGACGCUUGUUCUCAGAAACAUAUUUGGCCACAUUUGAUGGGCGUGACCCCGCAAAACCCCUGUACCUCGCGAUCGAUGGUGACGUAUUUGAUGUCUCGAGUAGUAGCAGGACGUACGGUCCUGGAGGUCCUUAUCACCAUAUGGUCGGAGUGGAUGCAGCUAGGUCGUUUGGUACAGGAUGUUUUGCCACUCACCGCACACAUGACCUACGAGGUCUGACCGAUGACGAGCUCAGGGGCGUCCAACAUUGGAAGAAGUUCUUUGCAGAGCACAAAACAUACUACAAAGUUGGCAAAGUCCUGCACCACCCUAUUGAUCCCACGAGUCCGAUACCUAAACAUUGCGAUGCAAAGAAAGAACAGAAAGGCCAUCCAACAACUGGGAAUUCUAACCCCAUGUCCCAUUCUAAGGGUGAUUCGGAGGUGCCAAUCCGUGAGGAGUUAUAA